AUGGUCCAAAUAUAUCUGGCGUUUUUGCGCGAAUGGAUCAUCUAUAUGAACCCGACUACCCAGACUGAUCCGCGCUCGUGGAAUAUCCAGAAACACGCCUUCCAUGGAAUCGGCUGCUCCGACAGUACAUUCCGCGCUAACCCCCCUCAGGAGAUGUAUAAUCUGAUCCAGUCGCAGUCGCAACAGGGAACCUUUGCCGACGCGUUCGUGCCACAGGUCUGGGUAUGUGCUCAGUGGAAGAUGAAUCCGGCGGAGCGGUACGAAGGCAGCUGGAGGAAUAUCAGUACCAGUUUCCCGAUCUUGUCGGCGAAUAGUCCGUACGACCCUAUAACUCCGUUGAGCUCUGCGUAUGAGCUGCCUGCAGGGUUUAAGAACAGUCGAGUUGUGGUGCAUGAGGGGUACGGGGUAGGUUUUUAA